AAAAUUUCAACAAUCCGGCGCGUGCUGGAGAAACAGUUAGUGUUCAGAGCAACGGUUAACGUUUCCUAUACAUCGGUCUCGCUGUUUUUUAUUAAUAAUUUCUUGGUAAUUUCAUCCGAUUAUCUUCUACCGAAAGAUGGAUUUAGACGCCAUGAAAUAUGCAGAACUGCGGCAGCUCGCCAAGAGCGUCGGUUUGAAAGCCAACGUGAAGGCUGAUAAGCUUCUGAAGGCACUGCGGCUUCAUUUUGAACAGCAAGAAAGCUCGGAGAACGGAAACAUCGCCUCCGAUGAUGCACAGGUCCCAGAGGAGGCAGCAGCCGAGCCUAAAGCCGUGACUGACUCGCUGGUGACCACACGGCGUGGAAAAAAACAGCAGACCAAGAGAAAGCAUUCUGGAGAUGGGGCUGAUCUGAAUCCCAUACCUUUUCAGGAUGACACCGAGUUGCCCAGAGAGGAGGAAGAGAACGAUGGGAGUAAAAGGAGCUCCAAGAGGAGGAAAGUGUCCUCUCCCAAGGUCACUGAAAACAAACCUGAAUCUGCUGAGGAUGACGUAGUCAUUCAGGAGAGCAAAAAAGGUAUGGUAACAAAGACCGCAGGAAAAAUUCCCCGUCACGAGGGUCUGAUGAAGAAGAAAGCAGCUCUGAGGCCGACCACACCAAACUUCAAGAAACUUCACGAGGCGCAUUUCAGCAAGAUGGAGUCCAUCGAUUCCUAUGUGCAGAGAAAGAACAAGCAGGUGGAGGGGCUCAGGAACACUGUGAAGGACCUGAAGGCUCAGUCAGAAACUGGGAUCAAGAAAUCAGCAGAGACUAAGACUCGCACUAUGCCUCCAGUCCACCGAGCCUCACUCUUCAGCCCAGGAGUUCAGGAGAAAAAAACGCAGAAGCGCAGGGUCACUCAGGCUCCUGCGAGGAAGUCAGUGAUGAAAGAAAGUGGCCCUUUCAGGCCAUCCAUCCUCUCAACCAACAAGAUCAACGUCAGGUUUUCUCAAGCGACACAAGACAAUGAGCACAAGCGCUCUCUGAUAAAGACCCCGGCUCGGAUGUCUCCGCUUCCACUCACACCCAUGUCAGGCAGGAAGUCCGAAGUGCGCGUUAACAAGAACGCAACUUCUGUCAACAAAACUCCAGGUUUAACCCCAUUCGUCUUCAACAGCACCUCGGACACUCCGGCAACCAACAAAAAGAAUACCUUCGAUCUGAAAGCCAGCCUCUCUCGCCCUCUCACGUACAAACCCCACAAGGGAAAACUGAAGCCUUUCAGCAGCACACAGGAAAAUGCAGCACUGAACAGCUCUCAAACGCUUCCUUCUCACCAGAAAAACUAUAAACAGCACCAGGUGCAGACACGAGCCGAACGUCGUGUUAAGCAAACAGAGGACCGGAAGCAAAAAGAGAAGAUGCUCGGCGCCAGACGCGGACUGGUCAUGGCUUAAUGUUCCUGUUUUCUUUCUUUUUAAAUUCUAUGUUUAAACUGUACCUAUUCGCACCUUUUAUUUUUUUAUCACUUGUCUGUCAUUUUUCAGUGUUGAGCAGAUUGUGUUUGUAUUCCCAUAUCCUUGUUUUAAGAAAAAAAAGACAACCAAUCCCUUUGUAUAUAAAGUAGUCCGGAUGAUUUAAUGUUUGAGGAAUAACAUUGUUGUCGAGGUGUUAAAGCUCUGGUUUUUAUUUACUAUUAAAUGUGUUUUUUUUUACUAUUA